AUGGUGUAUGUGAUGAAAGUUGAGAAGGCUCCUUUGGAUUCUUAUGUUGACUUUUGUGUAUCAUUAGUUACUGUCAUCUUCUCAAUAUCAUGUAUAUGCAUUCUUUUGAACCAGGAAGCUUCAAGAUCAACAACCACCAUGCCUUCUUCAAAGGGAGUUACAAAACAGAGACAUAUUCUCAGGGCCUCGAGGUUUUGCACCAAUCAGGGCAACAAGCAAUCCUCCAGUUCCAUUGCGAAACCUUCGAGAGCUUGGAUUAAUAUCUCUGACCCAAGAAGUUUCAAAACAAUGGGCUGGUAUGGUCGAAUAUUGCACCAGAAGCAACCUACACCCGGGAAACCAUUCAUCAGUCCAAUAUUUGAAAAGGAGUAA